AUGGCUGACAGCCCCCCCCGGAAGCGGCGCCGGGCCCAGGUGAGGAGGGGGGAGGGGCCGGCCCCGCCCCCGCUGCCCCCCGAGAUCGUCCGAAGAAUCUUCCAGAAGGCCGUGGAGGGGGAGGGGGCCGUGCCCUUCCUGUGCAGGGUGUCCCGCGUGUGCCGCCUGUGGCGUGACCUGGCGGCCGACCCCCGGCUGUGGCUGCGGGUGCACCUGAGGGGACACCUGGGGGGACACCUGAGGGGACACCUGAGGGGACACCGGGGUGGCCCCGCCCGCAGCCGCCGCCCCCCCGAGCAGGUGCUGGGCCCUGUGCUCCGAUUGGUGGAGACCAGGUUUUCGCUCCUCCAGGAGUUUGUGCUCAGCGAUUGGAGCAGCCACGUGGGGCCCGUGCUGCAGGCCCUGAGCGCGUUCUGCCCCCACCUGAAACACCUGGAGCUGAGACACUGCCAGGUGGAGCCGGCGGCGCUCGGGGGGUUCCUGGCGGCCCCUCCCCCCCUGCAGCACCUGCACCUCACCUGUCCCCGCCUGCGGCCGGUGCUGCCCGCCCUGGCUGCCGGGGCGUGUCCCCAGCUGCGCGUGCUGGAGCUGGAUCAGAUUUCGGGGGGUCCCGGCCCCCCCCUCCCGCUGCCCCUGGAGCGGCUGCAGGCGGCCUCCCUGGAGCGUCUGUCGGUGUCCCCGGUCUGUCCCUGUGUCACCUGUGUCACCUGUCCCGGUUCUGGUUCCGGUUCGUGGCUGGCUGUGACGCUCCGCUGGCACCGGACGCUGCUGGAGCUGGACCUGAGCCAUUGGCUGGAGCGUCUGUCGGUGUCAGUCCCCCCCGGCUGUCCCGGUCCCGGUCCCGGUUCCGGUUCGGGUUCGUGGCUGGCUGUGACGCUCCGCUGGCACCGGACGCUGCUGGAGCUGGACCUGAGCGGGCGCCGCGAUCCCGACCUGGGCGGGGCCCUGGCGGCGUUCGGGCCCCGCGACCCCCUGAGGGUCCUGAGGCUGGCGGGGACCCCCGUGAGCCCCCAGGAGCUGCGGUGA